AUGCCGCUAAGCGUCUACAACAAAAUUUCAACAGAACCAUUAAAAGAGACGCGAGUGACGGUUCAAUUAGCUGAUCGGUCAGUUAUCUACCCCGAAGGGGUACUAGAAAACGUGUUGGUAAAGGUAAACGAUCUCAUUUUCCCUGCUGAUUUUUACAUUAUUGACAUGGAAAAUGACCGCAGCAACAACGGAUCAGAAAUCUUGCUUGGACGCCCUUUCUUGUCAACAACGCAUACAAAAAUUGAUGUCCGUAACGGCAUCUUAACCAUGGAAUUUGACGGGGAAGUGGUUAAAUUCGAUGUGUACAAAGCUAUGAAAUAUCUUGAUUCCAUCGCAAGUUUAAAUUUUGUUGAUAUUAUAGAUUCGUUAGCCGAUGAUUUUAUCGAAACUGAUUUGUUUUAUGAUUUUUAUAGGAAAUUGGAGGAUCUCGAUGAUGAAGGCGAAAUCAUUUCAACUCUUUCCUCCAUUUCUGAUUCUCGAUUAAUUCCAUCUAAACCCCUUCCCUCAAUUUUGCAGGUGCCACAACAAGAAUUGAAGCAACUUCCAUCGCAUCUCAAAUACAAAUUUUUGGGCGAUAACCGAACCUUGCCAAUUAUCAUUUCAAGUGAAUUAUCACGACAGGAAGAGGAAGAAUUGAUUGUUGUUUUGCGCACCUAUAAAAAGACAAUUGGAUAG